AAAACACACAGGGCAGUCACCUCACUCUGCUCUGCAGCAAGAAGGCAGCGGAAGGAAGAGCAUCCGCUCUCAUCGACCAGCGUCCAGAGAAACCGACAGACGACCUCGACUCAGACAUGGCUUCGUGGUGUGAUGUCAAGCUCUUCCUCUGCAUCCUCGUCGUCACCUGCUACUGCACCGUGACACUGGCGCAGAUGCCCAUUGACUGCUGCCUGAGUGUCAAAAACAAAGAGGUUGCAGCAACUCACAUCGGUGACUACCGCUACCAGCCCAGCGGACAUGACUGCUCUGUGGAGGCCGUGAUCCUUGUGACCAGACGUGGGAGGACGCACUGCGUUCCACCUCAAGAGCCGUGGGUCCUGAAGGUUCAGGCCCACGUGAACAACCUGAAGAAAUUCUGCAAGACUUCCAGCAAGUCCCGGCGCUGCGGAGGUGUGAAUACCGAGUGACGAGGCAGCGACCGUGCCUGCCACCUGCAAGUGGAGCGUGGCGGAGAUUGAUAAGAUUAAACUUUGUGAUUCUUUGUCACUUUACUCCGUUGGAACUGAAACUGAAUAAAUGGUCUAUCAGUGCAA